GACUUAAACGAUUGAUAGCAUUCAACGGUCGGCAGUGCUACGCAAGCGCUCCGAGGCUCCAUGGCAGCCAUGGCUGCGGAGGUCGUCCACCAAGCCGAGCGGGCUCUGCUGCUUUCCGAUUUUUGCGAGGCCGAGCGUCAUGCACGGCAGGCCUGCCAGCUAGCAGCAGGACAAGCAGACGCGCGGGAGCUUCAGGACAGGGCGUGCGUCGUGGCGCUGCAGACGCUGUUUGAGACGCAGAGGUUUGGCCUGGCCCACAGGCUGCUGCGCGGCCUGUUUGGCUCCGCCGCCUCCGCGCCGCCCAACACGCUGCUGCUGUGGCUGGCGCUUGCGCUGGACACAGACAGCCGGCGCGAGGCGGAGCGCCUGAUCCUCGAGCUGCUAGACGCCUGCCAGCCCUCCGGCCCCGCAGGCAGCAGCAACGGCUGGUCUCGGCGGCAGUACCUGGCGCUGCUGCACCUCUACACGCUGGAAGUGCUGCUGCGGGAGCUGCGCGAGCCGGCAGGUGAUGCGCUGGGUCCAGGAGACGCAGCUGCCCAUCAACGCCGAGGAGCGCCAGUUGCUGCUGAGCGAGCUGGAGCUGGAGCAGCAGGCGCGGUCGCCCGGCGCCGCCGCCGGCGGCAGCGCGGCGGCCGGCUGGGAGAGCAGGGUUGCGACGACUAGGGCGGAGCAGGAGCUGGAGCCUGGCUGGCCGGAAAGCAGCGGGGCGGAGGGAGCGGCGGCAGAGGAGGAACACAGCUUCCAGCAGAAG